AUGGGUACCAGACACAGUUACAUUGCCGCGAAUUCUUGCAGCCUUGACGAUGGAUGUCCCGUUCUAGAUGGAGAUUAUGAUCUCUCCGAAUGUACAGGUGGUCCCUCCUGUCGUCAUCAAGGAAUCGCGCCUUCUCUGCAGCCACAAAUUUAUUGCUCAUGUAAAGCUCGUCUCUUGAAUGAAACCGGUUGGCAGGUGUCGAAUGGGAAGUUGGAGCUCACCUAUUAUGACUUACUUUACCGGUAUUCCGAACAUAAUAUUACCAAAGUUGCGAGAUGGCCUAUUGUUGGUCUACGCGGUUAUGGCUACUGCAAACACCUGUUUGCCUUUGAAGCAGGCCGUCGAUGUGCUGUGUCCGGGGUAUUUAUUUUCAAGUGCAAAGGUUCUCGUUUUCUUCACACUCUCUUGAGUGAACACGUGAACACCCUGGCACGGGUGAUUCCUACCAGUGCCACUACAUGCACUUAUAAGCCAAAUAUGGAUCGUGAAACUUGGAAACCCUCUAUUGUAUCUGAGACGGUCCCCUCUUUGGAAACACCGAUGUUAUUAGAAACAGUCACCGAAACGCUUGCCCAACAACGGCAGACGCGCACAUCGCCUCACACUGUUGCACACUCCGAUCGGACGCGGCAGCGUAGACGGCGCCUCAGCGACGACUAUAUCUACCUUAGUAGGACACUGCCGCUUUCAUCGCUGCUGCUGAACCACCACCACACCCCACCUCUGCCGCAGCCACCCGUGUCCUCUGCCUCCACCUCUCCUUCCGCAGGGGGCUUCUAUCUGGUUGCCGUCCCCACAGUCAGCAGUGCUCACUCUUAUGAAAACCAACGCGCCCUUGUUGUUUGA